UUAGCACCCUAUACUGAUUUUCACUACAGGCAUAGUCCAGAUACAGCUGAAGGACAGCUCAAAGAAGACAGAGAAGCACGAUUUCUAGCCAGUAAAAUGGGCAUCAUAGCAACAUUCCGCUCCUGGGCAGGUAUUAUUAAUUUAUGUAAGCCUGGAAAUUCCGGGAUACAGUCGCUAAUUGGAAUCCUUUGCAUACCAAAUAUGGAGAUACGGCGAGGUCUUCUUGAAGUGCUUUAUGAUAUAUUUCGUCUUCCCCUACCGGUUGUGACUGAAGAGUUCAUAGAAGCACUACUCAGUGUAGACCCAGGUAGAUUCCAAGACAGUUGGAGGCUCCCUGAUGGCUUUGUAGCAGCAGAGGCAAAAACGAUUCUUCCUCAUCGUGCCAGAUCCAGGCCAGACCUCAUGGAUAAUUAUUUGGCAUUGAUACUCUCUGCAUUUAUUCGUAAUGGACUUUUAGAGGGUUUGGUUGAAGUGAUAACAAAUAGCGAUGACCAUAUCUCUGUGAGAGCUACCAUCCUAUUAGGGGAGCUUUUACAUAUGGCAAACACAAUUCUUCCUCAUUCACAUAGUCAUCAUUUGCACUGUUUACCAACCCUAAUGAAUAUGGCCGCAUCCUUUGAUAUCCCCAAGGAAAAAAGGCUACGAGCCAGUGCAGCCCUGAACUGUUUAAAACGUUUCCAUGAAAUGAAGAAACGAGGAGCUAAGCCUUAUAGCCUUCAUUUAGAUCACAUUAUUCAGAAAGCAAUUGCAACACACCAGAAGCGGGAUCAAUAUCUUCGAGUCCAAAAAGAUAUAUUUUUUCUUAAGGAUACAGAAGAAGCACUUGUAAUGAACCUUAGAGAUAGUCAAGUCCUCCAACAUAAAGAGAAUCUUGAAUGGAAUUGGAAUCUCAUAGGGACCAUUCUUAAGUGGCCAAAUGUAAAUCUAAGAAACUAUAAAGAUGAACAGUUGCACAGGUUUGUACGAAGAUUACUUUAUUUUUACAAGCCUAGCAGUAAAUUAUAUGCCAACCUAGAUCUGGAUUUUGCCAAGUCCAAGCAGCUCACAGUUGUGGGUUGCCAGUUUACAGAAUUUCUUCUUGAGUCCGAAGAGGAUGGGCAAGGCUACUUAGAAGAUCUAGUAAAGGAUAUUGUUCAGUGGCUCAAUGCUUCAUCUGGAAUGAAACCUGAAAGAAGUCUUCAAAAUAAUGGUUUAUUGACUACUCUUAGUCAACACUACUUUUUAUUAAUUGGAACACUUUCUUGCCAUCCUCAUGGAGUCAAAAUGCUGGAAAAAUGCAAUGUGUUUCAAUGUCUCCUUAACCUCUGCUCCUUGAAAAACCAAGAUCAUUUACUGAAACUGACAGUUUCUAGCUUGGACUACAGCAGAGAUGGAUUGGCUAGAGUUAUCCUUUCUAAAAUCCUAACUGCAGCCACUGAUGCCUGCCGGCUCUAUGCAACAAAACAUUUAAGGGUAUUAUUGAGAGCUAAUGUUGAGUUCUUCAGUAACUGGGGAAUUGAGUUACUAGUCACCCAACUGCAUGAUAAAAACAAAACAAUUUCCUCUGAAGCUCUUGAUAUUCUCGAUGAAGCAUGUGAAGACAAGGCCAAUCUCCAUGCUCUGAUUCAGAUGAAACCAGCUUUAUCUCACCUUGGAGACAAGGGUUUGCUGCUUCUUUUGAGAUUUCUCUCUAUUCCCAAAGGAUUUUCCUAUCUGAAUGAAAGGGGCUUUGUAGCAAAACAGUUGGAAAAAUGGCAUAAGGAAUAUAAUAUAAAAUAUGUUGACUUGAUUGAGGAACAGCUUAAUGAAGCACUCACUACGUACCGGAAGCCUAUUGAUGGUGAUAAUUAUGUCCGUCGCAGUAACCAAAGAUUACAGCGUCCACAUGUCUACCUGCCUGUACACCUCUAUGGACAACUGGUACACCACAAAACAGGCUGUCAUUUGUUGGAAGUACAGAAUAUUGUUACAGAACUCUGUCACAACGUUCGUACAUCAGAUUUGGAUAAGUGGGAAGAAAUUAAAAAACUGAAAGCAUCCCUUUGGGCUUUGGGAAAUAUUGGCUCCUCAAAUUGGGGUCUUAAUUUGCUACAGGAAGAAAAUGUGAUCCCAGAUAUAUUAAAACUUGCAAAACAGUGUGAGGUUCUUUCCAUCAGAGGGACCUGUGUAUAUGUGCUUGGGCUCAUAGCAAAAACUAAGCAAGGCUGUGAUAUUCUCAAAUGUCACAACUGGGAUGCUGUGAGGCAUAGUCGCAAACAUCUGUGGCCAGUGGUUCCCGAUGAUGUAGAACAGCUUUGUAAUGAACUCUCAUCUAUCCCAAGCACCCUAAGCUUGAACUCAGAGUCAACCAGCUCCAGACAUAAUAGUGAAAGUGAGUCUGCACCAUCAAGUAUGUUCAUAAUGGAGGAUGACCGGUUUGGCAGCAGCUCUACUAGUACGUUCUUCCUUGACAUCAAUGAGGAUACAGAACCAGCAUUUUAUGAUCGACCUGGACCUAUAAAGGAUAAAAAUUCAUUCCCUUUCUUUGCUUCUAGUAAACUUGUCAAGAACCGUAUCUUAAAUUCACUUAGUUUGCCUAAUAAAAAACACCGUAGUAGCAGUGAUCCAAAAGGAGGGAAACUGUCAUCUGAAAAUAAGACAACCAACCGGCGAAUCAGAACACUCACGGAGCCAUCCAGUGCUGACUUCAAUCAUACUGAUGAUUUCACACCCGUAUCGACAGUCCAGAAAACCUUACAAUUAGAAACUUCAUUUGUUGGGAAUAAACACAUAGAAGACACUGGUAGCACUCCAAGUAUUGGAGAAAAUGACUUAAAAUUCACCAAGAGUCUUGGUACAGAGAAUCACAGAGAAAAUACAAGCCGAGAGAGGUUAGUUGUAGAAAGUUCAACAAGCUCACAUAUGAAGAUACGGAGCCAAAGUUUUAAUACAGAUACUACAACAAGUGGUAUAAGUUCAAUGAGCUCCAGUCCUUCUCGGGAGACAGUGGCUGUGGAUGCUACAACUAUGGACACAGACUGUGGAAGUAUGAGCACUGUGGUAAGUACUAAAACUGUUAAGACAAGCCACUAUUUGACGCCACAGUCUAACCAUCUGUCUCUCUCCAAGUCAAACUCAGUGUCCCUGGUGCCUCCAGGUUCUGCUCAUACACUUCCCAGAAGAGCACAGUCCCUUAAAACACCCUCUAUUGCUACAAUUAAAAGUCUAGCAGAUUGUAACUUUAGUUACACAAGUUCAAGAGAUGCCUUUGGCUACGCUACGCUGAAAAGAUUGCAGCAGCAAAGAAUGCAUCCUUCCUUAUCUCAUUCUGAAGCUUUGGCAUCUCCAGCAAAAGAUGUGCUGUUUACUGAUACCAUCACCAUGAAGGCCAACAGCUUUGAGUCCAGGUUAACACCAAGCAGGAUCGAUUUUAAAAAGAAGCAUGUCGGGGGAAUCAGGAGCUUAAGACCUACAAUAACAAACAACCUUUUCAGGUUCAUGAAAGCUUUAAGUUAUGCUUCGUUAGAUAAAGAAGAUCUAUUAAGUCCUAUUAAUCAAAAUACCCUGCAGCGAUCCUCCUCAGUGAGGUCCAUGGUGUCCAGUGCUACCUAUGGUAGCUCAGAUGACUACAUUGGUCUUGCUCUUCCAGUAGACAUCAAUGAUAUAUUCCAGGUAAAGGAUAUUCCCUAUUUUCAGUCAAAAAACCUAUCUCCGCAUGACGAUCGAGCUUCCAGAGUAUUUGCUCACGAUGCAGGCGGUCUUCCAUCUGGAACUGGAGGUCUUGUGAAAAACUCUUUUCACUUGCUGCGGCAGCAGAUGAGUCUUACGGAGAUAAUGAAUUCAAUCCAUUCAGAUGCUUCCCUGUUUUUGGAGAGUACGGAAGACACUGGGCUGCAGGAGCAUACGGAUGAUAACUGCCUGUAUUGUGUCUGUAUUGAAAUUCUGGGUUUCCAACCCAGUAACCAACUAAGUGCAAUAUGUAGUCAUUCAGACCUUCAAGACAUUACCUAUUCCGACUGGUGUGAGCAGACGCUCCAUAACCCCCUGGAAGUGGCUCCCUCUAAGUUUUCAGGGGUUUCUGGGUGCAGUGACGGGGUGUCUCAAGAAGGCUCAGCCAGCAGCACCAAAAGCACAGAAUUGCUACUAGGUGUUAAAACAAUUCCAGAUGAUACACCAAUGUGCCGUAUUCUCCUUCGAAAAGAAGUUCUAAGAUUAGUUGUUAAUUUGAGUAGUUCCGUUUCAACUAAAUGUCAUGAGACUGGACUUUUAACAAUUAAGGAGAAGUAUCCUCAGACAUUCGAUGACAUCUGUCUUUACUCUGAGGUUUCCCAUUUGCUGUCACACUGCACAUUUAGAUUGCAGUGUCGGAGGUUUAUACAAGAGUUAUUUCAAGAUGUACAGUUUCUACAAAUGCAUGAAGAAGCUGAGGCAGUGUUGGCAACACCACCAAAGCAACCUGUAGUUGAUACAUCUGCUGAAUCCUGA